CCUGGUGUUGACACUAAAAUUGUGUUUUGGGGGGUGGGUGGGAGGGCACGUGUCUGUUUACGUGUGAUUAACGCAUUAGUUGUGUGUGUGGACACGAGGGGUCGCUAGAGGAGCCGUCAAGGGUAUAUACUGGUGGCCUUGGGGGAGAGAGAGAGAAGUGUGACGUCGCCCCCGGAAAGCAUAUUGUUAUAUGGCUCUUAGAAACACUUUCACACGCGAUGAGGCUGUGGCAAUGAGGUUCGUUCGAAUGAAGACUGAUGACCAACCCUAUCCAAGCUGACUGCACCUGACCACCAUGCCAUCAUGGAUGUUCCUGCCCGCCUUCCUACUCUGGAGCUGGGCGGCGGGCGGGACCAGUAUUUCUUUAUCUUGUGGACAGUGUGAAAUAUAUUCCAACAGUAUGACAUGCCCCAAUUCAAAAAGCCAAGAACAAUAUACAGUGAAGUUAUUGCCAAAUGGAAUUCUUCAGUUGCAGUGCCUAAAGUCGGUGAAAACAAUUAACUAUUCAUUCAUCGAAGAUUGUAGCUUUCCUAUGGUAUCUGAAAUAGAGUUCCAUGGAUGUCCUCUGUCAAGUGUGCCAUUUGGCGAGGUUGUACAUAAAGUUGGUGUACAGCCUGAAAAUAUUACCUCACUGAAAUUGAUUGGCGAGGGCCAAGAGCCUGGACGCAACUUGGAACAUUGGCACCUACAGGGUCUGAGUAAUUUGAAAUUUCUCGAAAUGAGAGAAAAUGGAUUUACAAAAGUUCCAGAAAAUAUAUUUAUUGCCACUCCAAAAUUGAAAUCUUUAAAAUUGAUUGGCAGUAACUUGGAUACAGUCCCAGAAUUCUUACUCUCAAACACACCAGACCUAACAGAAGUCGAUCUGUCAAAUAAUAGCUUUAUAAGUCUUCCCGUGGGCUUGUAUACAAAUUUAACAAAGCUUACUAACAUAAGUCUGCAAAAUAACAGUUUGAGUGAAAUUCGUUCAGAGCUAUUUAGAAACACCCUCCUCCUUGAUGAUCUGGAUUUAAGUAAUAAUUACAUUACUAGCAUUCAGGAAAAUUUGUUUAAGGGACUAAGGAAUAUGAAAAGUCUAAAUCUUCAUGGAAAUAAACUGAAAAGUUUGCCUGGAGGAAUAUUUUCUGAUAUGACAGCAAUCAAGACUAUAGACCUCAGUUCAAACCUACUGAGUGAUCUGGGAUUGGGGACCUUUGAUAAUCUUAUAGAACUCGAGACACUUUACUUGGGAAAUAAUCAACUUUCAGAUCUACCAGACACAGCUUUUCAAAAAUGCCAAUCCUUGAAAAAGCUUUAUUUAAAUUACAAUCUGCUGGAAAUCUUGAAAAGCACAUCAUUUCCUAAUCCACAAUCAAUGUUGACCGAUUUGGAUUUAGGCAACAAUAAGAUUGCAUCUUCUCUGCAAAAUGUGUCUACUGCAGAGGCAUAUUAUUUUACUGAAAAUGGUGGCUUCCCACUUACUAAACAAACCAAUUUAAUAAAUAUAUUUCUGAAUGAUAAUAAAUAUGAAAAUAUUCCUCAUUCGUUCAAUGCAGUGUUUCUGAAACUUCAGUCUGUUGAUUUAUCUGGAAAUAUGAUCCAGGAAGUGGAGGUAUCUUCACUACAUUUUUUGAAUGAUUCUGUCAAAUUGAAUUUGAAAAACAAUAACAUAAAAUUAAUAGAUAUGACUGCUUUGGACACAAUAUUGAGUUCAGUAGAGAAGUCAAAGUCAGUUGAUGUGUCUCUUGAGGGAAAUGAUCUUAUGUGCAAUUGCAUGCUUUAUGAAUUUGCAAGAAUGGUUCAAGGAAAACGACUAAAAGAAGGGGAUUUUUUCAAAAUCAGAGUAAUGGAUAUAGAUAAAGUAUCGUGUAGAAAUUCCGAAGGAGACGCUCAAAACGUAUUGGACAUUGAUACACAAAUGUUAACUUGUCAAUGGGAAGAUCCUUGUGACAACUGUACAUGUUAUUGGCGUCCACAUGACAAGAUGUUUAUAAUUGAUUGUUCUUAUCAAGAUUUAAAAGAACUGCCAACAUUUGAAGUUAAUCAUUACUUGCCGGCAAAUUUAAGUUAUUCUAUCACCUUAGAUAUGAGGAAUAACAGUAUCACAAGUUUAUCUGGACUUCAAGAUCCAUUGUAUUCAAGACUUGUCAACUUAACACUACCAAAUAACAAGUUGUCCUUUAUCAAUGAGUCGUAUUUUCCAGAAAGACUGAAAGUUUUGGAUGUACGAUGGAAUAAUCUCACGUCUCUACCAGAAUCCACCUUAGAGUUCUUUAAUGUAACCGAUAUGUAUCUCAGCCUCGGGAAUAAUCCCUGGAGAUGUAGCUGUGGUAUCAUCAGCUUCCUGAACUUCCUACAUGUUCCAUCACGAAAGGUUGAUGACUUUGAUGAUAUCCGAUGCAACAACGAAGACGAGUCUGUGAUGAACAUCAGUGAACAUCGCCUGUGUCCUUUCUUCAUGCAGCCAAUGGUGGUGGUCACUAUUGUUGCCAUCUUGAUAUUCCUUAUAUUGUUUGCUGUACUGGGGACAGUGAGUUUUUACAAAUACAAGCAGGGAAUUAAAGUGUGGUUAUUCACACACCGUUUGUGUUUGUGGGCCAUCACUGAAGAUGAGAUGGAUGCUGACAAGAAGUAUGAUGCCUUCAUCAGUUACUCUCACAAGGAUGAAGAAUUUGUCAAUAAGGUAUUGGUUCCUGGGCUUGAAUCAGGUGAUCCAAAGUACAGAGUUUGUCUGCAUUAUAGAGAUUGGAUACCAGGAGAAUACAUUCAAAACCAGAUACUGCAAAGUGUGGAAGCCAGUAGACGGACUCUUGUUGUGCUCUCUUCAAAUUUCAUCGAGAGUGUUUGGGGCCAAUUAGAGUUCAAGGCUGCUCAUUCUCAGGCAUUGCAAGAUAGAACCAAUAGGCUUAUUAUUAUUGUUUAUGGGAAGAUUCCAUCAGAAAGUGAACUUGAUGAAAAACUUCAACUUUAUAUCUCCAUGAAGACUUAUGUUAAGUGGGGCGAUGCUAAAUUUUGGGAGAAAUUACGAUACUUCAUGCCACAUCCACAAGAUCUCAUUCAAAAGAAACAUCGGCAACGUAAGGACACAGAUAAGCUUGAACUUUGCAAAUCAGACUCGAAACAAAGUGUAUUACCUUAAAAAACUAUUGAUUCAAGUGUAACGGACAAGCUCUAAAACCAAGACUGAAAAGUAACAAUUCAAAGUGAAAUGCAAGGGGGGAAAAUACUAUUGUGAUGCUCGAUUAAAGAAAAUAAAUAAAUUAGUCAAAGUUUUUUGAAGACGCCCUUGUACCGCAAAGUGAUAACUUUCGUUUUUAAGAAAGUUGUUACCUCGAACUCGCUCAUUGCUGUGAAGACUUCUCGUCUGAUCCCAAUGGGUUCAUAAAAUUACCUCAAUAUAUUGAGCCCAAUAAACUCAGUGUGCAAAAUAUUUUAUUGACAAAGAAAAACUUUGCUCUUUGCAAAUUGUGCGAGUGGAGACUUACUCGAAAAACAAAAAUUGUGAAAGUGUAAUUUUAUAUUAGUAGAGAAUUAAACACUUCCAGAUGAAACGAUUGAGUAUUCAUAUUAUAUUAAAACAUUAUAAUGUACUGGUACUAUAAAUCAAAAUGGUACUGAGCAGAUUCUCAUUUUGUGAUAUAAACCAAUCAGAGCAUUGAAGUCUGUAUAGGAAAUGUAUAUAAUUUAGCAUUUAUUAAGCUACCAAAAAUGUUGACAAUCUUGCAUAUCAUUAAUGCAAGUGACGCAAACUUUCAUAGUUACUGUGCUACAUUUUAUACACUUGUUGCAAAGCUCCUUUAGGAGUAGCAGCUUUUAUUAGUACAUUGUGAAAAUCAAUUCCAGUGCAAUUGGGGGCAAUAUCCAAUGGGGGGCAUUGGAUAUUGAUCUAGCAUUGUAUUGGGGGCAAUACAAUGCUGGAUCAACAUAGAUGCUCUUCAUUCAACAUCAAACCAAUGCCUCACAUGGAUAUUGUGCCCACUGAGACUGUCUUAAAUGGAGUUAAUAGUUCUGUAAAUAUCGCAUGAAAGUUUGAUAUAAGCAACUAUAUAGUGUAGAAGACUGAAGUUGUCUUAAGUGGAUGAUUAAUGUACCAGGGAGAUGCAGCUCUUGAGUCCAAUGUUUGUAUUAACCUUCAAACACUUUACUUUUUACUUAACUGUGCACUAAUGUUAAGAGAAAUUGUGAUAGUUGGAGUUUGGCUGAAUUGUUCAUUAAUGUGAGAAACAUUAGUUUAAUAAACUUUAUAAAUGAA